AUGCAGUCAAUUCACGGAUUCGACGAAGAGGAGGCCAAGGCAUGGUAUGAGACCAUCAAGGAUAUCGUGGUCUUGUAUCGGCGCACCGUCAAUGUGGCGAACACUCGCGGAGCACAUGUGAAGGCGUACGAAGCGGCACUCACGACUCUCUAUCAUCUGGAGAUGGCGGCAAUCGCUGAUGACCCCUCACGCGCGUCGGACACGCCGGAGCAGACUGCUUUCGAGGCGGUCAACAUGAAGAUCGGACAGCCGCCCCACAAGGCCGAUACGCGCUUCCAGAUCGAAGCCUACCUUCUCUCACUCGAGUUGAGGUUCAUGCUGGCCCAGGUUGCAUCGAGCCGCGUUCAAGCCCUUCCGGUCACAUCAGACGUCGCGCAUCGCCAGCGAUGGGUAUCCUUCAUCGACUUCAUCCUCGAGUCCUGCGUUGCAGAUGCGGGCAAGGCCCUCGCCAUGGCGCAGAAGUCGUCGGCUUCUCGCCAAUCAGCGCGUUCUUCUGUGUACAUCAUCCGCUCUGAUUUCGAGAGGUUCAGGGCGCAGAUAGUCGAGGAGAGGGCAGAGCUAGGGAGAACCGGCGACCUCACUGCGGCUCGUCGGCAGACUUUGGCCCUGAAGAUACGAAGGAGAAUACAUCCGCAGCAGGCCGUCGAAGAUAUGCAAGACCUGAGAGACGAGAGAGAGUGGUUCAAGGAUAACUGCGGAAGGAAGGUUGAACGCUGGAGGGAGGAAUGCACAGAGCUAGAGAAGGUCAUGCUCAGCGAUAAGUUCUACCAGCCCCUCUCUCUCCAAGAGCGCGCGGACAUCGUGAAGGCAUUCGGAUUUACGCACCGAGGCCACUUCUACAACUGCGAGAAUGGGCAUACUUUUGUCAUCACUGAAUGCGGUGGCGCCAUGCAGAACUCCUUCUGUCCCGAGUGCAGAGCACCCAUCGGUGGCAUGGGGCAUCACCUAAACUCGGCGAACACCAGGGCAAGAGAAUUCGAAGAUGUUGCACGGGUACAGGGCGUCCUUGAUGGCGCCUUCGACUGGACGAGAGAUGCGUAA